AUGGGACCCGAGCUGGCGCUCGGCACCGAGGGCGGCGAGCUCCCGCUGGGGUCGGGGAUGGAGGGCCGGUGGCCGGUGGAACGGCUGGUCUGCUUCAUCGGUUUCACCACCGCGUGCAUGGCAACCUCCGUGGCCGUCUACACGCUGCCCACCGGCAUCUUCGACGACCACAAGCUCGCCUACUACGUCUCCGUCGCCUCCGCCGGCUUUGUUGGCUUGGCGGAGGUGUUUGCGGCGGUAACAUGGAUGUCGGGCUCGGCCGGCGUCGCCGACAACCACCCACACGGCCAAGCACGCCGAUGCGUUUUGUGUGCCUCACUUCUGCCACUGGCGUUCCUGGCAGGGCUCGGUGGAGUGCGCAUGCUUGUCAAGUAA